AUCUCUACAAAUCAACUCACUCAAAUAAUUAUAAAUAAUCCCAAUCAUGUCAGCAUUACUCCCAUUAGCCUCCUCUCUCAUCACUCUCCUGUUGGCUGCAGCAAUCUGUAUCCACGGAGAAGAAUCUGUAAGGGACACCAACGGGAACGAAGUUCGAAUUGAUGAACAAUACUUCAUCCAACCGAUCAAUACCAAGAGUGACGGAGGUGGCCUUGUCCCACUUGAUGAUCCAUUUACCAGUUGUCAACCACUUGGCAUCACCGAAGCAUUUUGGGGUGAACCGGGCGUGCCGGUUAACAUAGCAUAUAGAUCGGGGUUCAUCACGCCACUAAAAGUUAUAAAAACAAAUUUGAAUAUAACCGUCGAGUUCAAGUACAACCUCUGCAUGGAGCUCUCCAAGUUCUGGGAAGUCGAGGGAUCCCCACGGAAUCCCGCUCAGCCUGCAAUUCGCAUCGGUGGUAGUCCUAAGGAACCAAGUAGCUGGUUUAAGAUAGAGAAAGUGGGAGAAGAAGAAAAGAACACUUACAAACUCACCACUCCUGCCGGAACCGUUGGGGCUAUCCCAAUACCGGGAAGUACACCACGACUAGUUCUUACCAAUGAUGUGUCAAAGGUCAUCUCCGUCAAAUUCAUGAAAGUUAAUGAUGCUACUACUAGUCAAGACCAUGUAAUGUAAAACCCUAAGCCUUGGGCCCAUGACAAAAAAAUAAGGGGUUGAGAUAAUACCCGUCAUAAUAAACUUUUACCUACUGUCCAAAUAAAUAAAAUAAAAAUUAUGUUUUCAAAUAUGAAA